AGCUGAAGCCGCGGUUCCCACACUUGCCCAGCGCAGCCAGGCCCACAGCCCCUGCAGGAUCCCCGAUGGCCCUGCCCUGCUCCUUCUCGGUGGCCCUGGUGCUGCUCAGCUGCCACUCCCUGUGCUGUCUGGCUUGCCACCUGCCCGACACCCACGGCCUGCACAACUGGAGGGUCCUGACGCUCCUGGGACAGAUGAGGAGACUCUCCGCCGGCUCUUGUGACCACUACACCAAUGACUUUGCCUUCCCCAAGGAGCUGUUUGAUGGCCAGCGGCUCCAGGAGGCGCAGGCCCUCUCUGUGGUCCACGUGAUGACCCAGAAGGUCUUCCACCUCUUCUGCCCGGACACGUCCUCUGCUCCUUGGAACAUGACUCUCCUGGAGGAACUGUGCUCGGGGCUCUCUGAGCAGCUGGAUGACCUGGAGGCCUGUCCCCUGCAGGAGGCGGGGCUGGCCGAGACCCCCCUCAUGCAUGAGGACUCCACCCUGAGGACCUACUUCCAAAGGAUCUCCCUCUACCUGCAAGACAGGAACCACAGCCCGUGUGCCUGGGAGAUGGUCCGAGCAGAAAUCGGGAGAUCCUUCUUCUCCUCGACAAUCUUGCAAGAAAGAAUCAGGAGGAGGAAAUGAGACCCGCCCGGGUCCGCACGGAAAUGACAUUCCCUGACUGAUCAGAGCACACUUGCACGUGUCCUGCCGCCUCAGAGAAGCUCACGCCUGCCGUCACGGUGACACGAAGGCAAUCGGGUGUCCAACGUGUUCAGGACGGGGCAGCACCAUCAAGUCAAGUCGACAAACACCGCUUACUUUCACAUAACCUUGCCCAUCUCUCUACUUACUACUCAUUCGUUUAUUUAUUUAUUUAUUAAUUUAUUUAUUUAUUUGUAUUUAUGGCUCAACUGGGUUCUCUUUGUAUACUAGUAGGUGUACCGUCACUCUGUGA